CUUGUAAACAUGUCUUUCAAUAGGUUCUGCUUUGUUCUGCUCCAAUCCCGCGAAGUUUAGCAGCUUCGUGUCCGCCUCUCUCCAUUUCAUCAGAAACAAAAGUGAAAGUGUUUGUUCAGUCACACCAGAGCGGCUGGAAGCUGCACAAUGGCGGAGAGUUAUUCCUACCCUGUUCUGGUUGAGUUUGAGGAAACUAACGCAACUAGACUAAAAAAUAAAUUAAUCAAGUAUUUUCAGAGUAAGAAGUCUAAUGGAGGAGACUGUGAGGUGGAGUAUGAGUCUGGGAGCAGGACUGCGCUGCUGCGCUUCCGCAGGGAGGAAGACCAGAAAAAUGUCCUGGAAAAAAAGGCGCACCAGAUCAGUUUGGAUCAGGGAGUUUUAAAGCUGUCAGUUCGCCUUCCUUCAGAGGACAAAAAGAAGCAGGGACAUCACGCUGAUAAAGGCGGCAAAAAGUCGGACAAGGCAGAGACCAAUAAACAGUUACCUGGAAAAGAAAAAACUAUGGAUGAAGAUCAAAUCGAGGCAAAAGGCAAAGAUGAAGAUUCAGAGGACGAAGAGCCGUGUUCCACCUCGGCUGUCUUAGAGAACGUUCCAGAGACUGUAACACAAGAAUUCUUGGAAAUGCUAGUGGAGAACAUUUUGAGAGAUCUAAACUCUCCAACUGCCUCCAAGAACUACAUUUUGGAACUCAUUCCUGACAUCUCAUCUGCUGUUGUGACAUUCCAGAGUGGGAAAGAUAACAGGGAGUUUAUAGAAAUAUGUCCGCAAAAUCGGAUGUUCACAAAGAAGGGCUUUUCAAUUCGACCCCUUGAGACCACGAAGAGGGUUGUUGUUGAAGGGUUUUCAGACUGCAGUGAAGACAUUCUGCACCUCUACUUUGAGAGUAAAGGUGGAGAUGUCGAAGAUGUCAAACUGAACGAAGCUGAACAGUCUGCUGUUAUCACAUUCAAGGAAAAUCAAGCUGCAAAGAAAGUCAUGAAUGUGAAGCACACCAUAAAAAAGCAGGGGGUCAAAGUCUAUCCAUAUUACAAAUCUUUGGGUGUUGCACUGUAUGGGAAAGAUAAGCCAUCACCAAAACUCCCUGCUUCCAUAUCUCAACCCACUGACACUGCUAUCCUGGGAUACCUUGCUGAAAACAAAACUGCUCUGGAGACCGUUCGUCGUGACUUGGAAAAACACUUCUGCAUCAUUACCCUGGAGAAGUCUGCUGUCCGCCUCAGUGCCCUGCCUUUAUUACUUAAGCAAAAAGAAGCAAAAGUCAUCAUCAAAGAGUGGGCAAACACUGUUAGAUCAGCCUUCAUUCAGUCUGUCUCUAAAUUCAAAUCCAUCAAGUUUCCCCUAGAAUCUGAGGUAUGGGAAGAGUCUGUGCAGAAGAUUAAAGAGAAACUCCAGAAAGAAGACGUGGUUGUAGUUCCUGAUAAAACCAGUGGUAAUCUUUACAUGGUCGGUCUUGUAAAUGAAGUUAACACACUUGAGAAACCUGUUUCAGAAGUUCUUAGCAGGAUUGGAGAAAAGGUUAGACGGGAGAAAUUAAGCAAGACUCAAGAAAUAAAUUUGCCCCCAUCAAUCUUUCUCCUCAUUUCUCAAGAUGGUAUUCAGGAUAAACUCCUGCAAAUGUACCCAGAACUCAAAUUGUCAUAUGACCAAAAGAAGAAAGCUUUGAAAGUAACUGGCUUUGUGGAAGAGAUUAUUAAUGCAAACCAACUAAUAAACAAUGCAAUGUUUGCAUUAAAACGACAGAAUUUAGAAUUGGAUCAAUUUUUGCUUGACAUGCUGAAGGAAGAACAACAAGAGGAGGCCACAGAUGUACUUCUCACAGCCUAUGGUCUAAAAGCAGCCUUAGAGAUCAGUCCGCAAAGAGUGCAGCUUCUUGCUGUUUCUGACAAGGAUCUAAUGAGUGCUCAAGACCACCUAAGCCAAAUCCUGAAGUCUGAGUACAUCGAGGUUGAAGACAAUGACGUCUUGAAAAAGCCAGAGUGGCAGCAGCUUGUCCAUCAGCUAGAAAAAGCCAACAGUGUGUCAGGAAUGAGAACUCAGAUUAAAGUUCAUCAUCAGCAAGUGGUAGUGUCUGGUCCGAUGGACAAUGUGGACAAAGUUAGCAGUGAAAUAGAUGACUUUUUAACACAAAAUGCCCACGUUGAAGAAUUUGUUGCUGUUGAGGCAAAUGUUGUCAUUGAGUACCUUAAAGGUCAGGCACCCUGGUUAAAACAGCUAGAGGGUGGGGUGGAUGUGUCUUUUGGAAAGGAGGAGAUCAUCUUAAGUGGCUGUAGAAAUGCUGUACAGAGUUGCAUAAGCAUAGUCAAGGAUUCACUCUCCUCUGUGUACUUUGACAGCUUAAAAGUCACAAAACCAGGAGUUAAAAAAUGUUUUCAGAAAAAAGAAUCACUUUUUGCUACCUUAGUUAAAAACGAUACUGGCUGCCUGGUGCAAAUGGUUGAUGACUCUAAUGGUUCAUCAACCAAAAGCCAUAGUCAAAUGAUUUUGCAAGAUUUUGUACAAGAACAGAAACCUGUUUACAAAAUCCAGACAGGUGACGGUGUGGAAAUAGUGGUCUCCAAGGCAGACAUAUGUAGUUACUCUGUCGAUGCUGUUAUCAGUCCUUCACCUGAUGACUUGAAACACAAUGGAGGUCUUGGUUUGGCAAUCUCAAAAGCAGCAGGCCCUCAGCUGCAGGCUGAAUGUGACAAAAUAAUCAACUCAAAAGGAAAACUCAGACCUGGAGACUGUGUUGUGACUAAUGCUGGGGGACGACUUCCUUGCAAAAAAGUUAUCCAUGCCGUAGGACCAAGCUUUGACCUUAAUAAGCCAAAGAGGUCCGAGGCCCAGUUGAGAAGAACCGUUAAAGAAAUCCUGGAACUUGCUGAGAAGUGCAGCUGUGAUUCUGUGGCUCUUCCUGCCAUCAGCAGAAAUCUCGGCUUCCCCCUAAAUCUGUGCUUAAGCACCAUUGUUACAGCAGUGAAGCAGUACUGUGAUGAAAGUUAUGAUGACCUCACCUUGAAGGCGAUUCAUCUGGUGGAUAAUGAUGAUAGUGUUGUCCUUGGCAUAGAGGCCGCAGUGAAACAAGAGUUUGGAACUCAUGGAGUUAGUGUAUCACCACAGAACCCUCGCCCCAAGCUUGGUCCAAAGCCUUCCCUAGUUAAGCUAGCUCUACCUGACCCCAGCUUGUGCCGAGCACAGACUAAAGAGGGCUUGAACAUUGUUCUUAAAAAGGGAAAUAUUGAGGCUUCCAAGACGGAGGUAAUUGUGAACACAGUGGCUGAGGAUCUUGUAUUAAACAAAGGGGCAGUUUCAAACGCCAUCUUCAGUGCCGCAGGACCCAAGCUUCAGCAGCUGGUGCAUAACCAGAAAACUGGUGGAGCACCAGGUGAGAUCAUCAUUACUGACAGCUGCAAGCUAAAAAGCAAACAAGUUUUCCAUGCGAUCGCUCCAAGCUGGGACAAUGGCCAAGGAACAUCUGAAAAGAUUCUAACUGGAAUCUUUAAAGAUUGCUUGGACCUGGCAGAGAAAACACGAUUGACAUCCAUAUCUUUCCCGGCUGUUGGCACUGGAAACUUGGGUUUUCCAAAAGAUCUUGUUGCCUCCUUGAUGCUGGAUAAAAUCUUAGAGUUUAGCAGCCAGAGACAAUCAAAGCACCUUAAGAAAAUUGCAGUUGUUCUUUACCCUGGAGACGCCGAGACUAUUAAGGUAUUCACCGAUGUCUUUAAGAAGAAGUUCCCUACUGCCACAGCUUCUGCAUCCUCAGCCCAGGCAAACACCUCACAAAGUACAGGAAAAUUCUCUAAAGUGGUCUCCAGUUCAGGAAUGCAUGAGACUAAACUGGGAAAUGUGACGGUUCAGGUAGCGACCGGAGAUAUAACCAAGGAGACCACCGAUGUCAUUGUCAACUCUUCAAAUGAUAACUUCACUCUAAAGACAGGAGUAUCCAAAGCAAUUCUGGAUGCAGCUGGUGUUGCUGUUGUAGAGGAAUGCCAGUACCUUGGUUCCCAGCCCCAUUCAGGCAUAAUAAUGACUGUACCAGGAAACCUUAAAUGCAGCAAGAUUCUCCACAUGGUCGGGAAGACAAAUCCAUCAGAAAUCCACCAGGCAGUGAAGGAAGCACUCCAACUCUGUGUGAAGAACUCCUACACCUCAGUGUCGUUUCCUGCCAUUGGCACAGGCCAAGGCAAGGUAGGAGCGAAAACAGUCGCAGACUCCAUGUUGGACGCAGUCAUCGAUGUGAUGAGCCAAAACACCUCUAGCUCCCUGACUUUAAUCCGGAUUAUAAUUUUCCAGCAAAAUAUGCUUAAAGAUUUCUGUAGCAGCAUGCAAGAAAGGGAAAACUCUGGCUCAAAGGACCAAGGAUUCUGGACAAACGUUGGCCAAAAGAUAAUAUCAUUUUUUACAUCUGGAGGUCCUGAACAAAACCAGCAAGACGAGAUGUUUGAUUUUGAGACCAUCGAAGUGGAGCCUACUUUUUUUCACAUCUGUGGUGACUCACAGGCCAGCGUAGAUGCAGCCAAGAAGAAGAUAAAUGAUCUUAUAUCUGACCAACAGGACAUCAUGGAGAUAACCGACAAUGCAAUUUUAAACUUAUCUUUUGCAGACUGUCAGCACAUCAUUGACAUUCAAAAGAACAUGGGUGUGAGCAUCAAACAUCAUAUUAAUAAUGGCCAACCCUCAAUAGUCAUUGAGGGUCUCAGUAGGGAUGUGCUCCGAGCCAACAAAGACAUAGAUAUGUUGCUGAGGAAGGUGAGAGGUGAGCAGGAGCUGAAGAAGAAAUAUGAGUUGGCCGCUACAGUGGCAGAAUGGCAGUAUCAGCGUCAGGGGCUUCAGUAUCAGAGUUUUGAUCAGGUUACCAACUAUGAGCUUGAGCAUGCCUUGGAGAAGGGAAUAACCAGUUUAAAAGUUACCAUCCAGGGCUCAAACUAUACUGUUCAGAUGCCUAAAGGACCAGCUACUGACAGCCAGGGAGUCGUCCUGCAGAUCAGAAGAAUCGACAAACUAAAAGCUGAUGAUGAUGUUCCUGAGUUUUGGGAUCCCAUGCCGGCUGGCCAAACGUGUCACUCCGUCCCCAUCCAGGCAACGUCUCAAGAGUACGCCGAAGUCCUUAAUCUCUUUCAAGCCACGUGUAAACGACCCGUCACUAAGAUUGAAAGGAUCCAGAACCCUGCAAUGUGGAAAAGUCUUCAGAUAAAAAAGCUUGAGAUGGAGGUGAAAAAUAAUCAUCAGAACAACGAAAAACGUCUCUUCCAUGGCACAUGUGAGACCACUGUCCCAAUCAUUAAUGCUCAAGGCUUCAACAGAAGCUACGCGGGAAAAAACGCUACCUGUUAUGGCAGAGGUUCCUACUUUGCUGUUAAUGCCAGUUACUCUAGCAGUGACACCUACUCCAAGCCCAAUCAGAAUGGAGAGAAGUUCAUGUACCUCUGCAAAGUGCUGACAGGAGACUUCACCCUGGGUCAGCAGAACAUGAUCGCUCCACCAUCCAAGGGAGGCUCUGGUGUUUUAUUGUAUGACAGUGUUGUGGACAACAUGACCACCCCCAACAUGUUUAUAGUGUUUCAUGACACCCAGGCCUAUCCAGAGUACCUGAUUACUUUCAAGUAACAUACCAGGAAAAUGUUUAAUCGAAAUAGAACAGUUCUGAUUGCAAAGCCAAAUAUGAUUUUUUUCUCUCAAAAUUUUGUAUUCACUUGUCUUGAGUUCACUUGGUUAGUAAAUAUUUUUAUAUUUUGUAUUUUGUUCAAACCUAUUUAGUGCUUUAAAGUGAUGCCUUUAUGUGUCUCAAAUACCAAAAAAAAAAAUGCUUCUGCAAGCUGAAACUAGUAAAAUAUAACUCUGAGUCCUCUUCUUGAUACAAACAUGGGUUCUUAUAGGGAUCUGCUCUGUUAUAGAGAAUCAUUUCAUCAUAGAGGUUCAGCAUUUAACUUUUUUGCAAUAAAAAUCAUUUCUAUAUUAAAAACCUAAAACUUAAUGGGUGUUCCUAUAAAAACAACAAAACGAGAAUUGAACAAGUACAUAUUUCCACUGUAAGCUUUUAUUGCACUUAUAUGCACAAGAAAGUAAUAAAACAUUUUAUAAAAACUGUUUGAUCUUAUUAUUCUAGCAUUCAGGUAGUUGUUCAUCCUUACUGGCCUAGGAAAAUCAUUAACUUUUUGGUAAAAUAAGCCUUUUCGAAACCCCAAAAUAUUAACCAACAGG